GAGAUGUAUCAUCAUCUACAUGGACUUUUCUCUUCUUGUGUUGGGUUGAGUUUCUCAUAUAUCUUGAAAGUGUGUCAGUCAAGACUGCCAUAGCCCAAAAUUCUCAGCUCGGCACGAGAAAUUUGUCCAUAAGUAUGACUGGCAGGAAAUCAACCAGCGUGAAACUUAAAUGAUUAAGGCACGAGAGUUACCAGGUAUACAAUUCUGGGCCCCCACAUCCAUCUGUUGUAAACAGUUAAUCGGUUUACAACUGUAAUUUUCGACGCCUUUACAUGGCAGUACAUGUGGUGUCUGCCAUCAAGAUUAUCUAAAAUGCUAACAUCAUCCUACAAAGACAGGAAAAAUCCAACACUUGAUCUGAUUUCCUUUUUGUAAUGUUUGUGGUAUUGUAACACCUCCAUAAUUACACGUGUUCUCAACCAUCUGUUCAGUACAAAGCUGUGUACCACCCACUUUCCUGUCCUUUUUCGGGGAAAAAUUGAGGAAGGAUAGGUGACCAUAUGCUAGGAAUAUAUUUUGCCCCUUGUAAUAGCCUUACUUAAGGCGACAGUAACCGCACUGAAAAAUAUAGAGGCAUGGCCUAGAGGCAUGAGAGCUUCCCAAUCCCGAGCUUAACUGUCAAUAAUGCCUUGUACCACGUAUCAUUUUCCAGGGACGUGCAGUCAGUUAGGUGCUGGUUUGCCUGUGGCCUGUGUUGUGGCCUGUGCGAAAAUUAUAUCCCCAAGGAGACUGAACUCUAGUUACCAUUGUCCCACGCCACUAACAAACAAAAUGGCGGCAAUUAGCGCGGCAAACGAUGAGAACAAAUAUAAUGAUGCGUUUUCGAGAGUGUAGUUUUCGGUAAUGGCAAAACCUGCAGAAGAUGAAAGAUUGACGUUUUUUCAAAGCAUCAUCUGUGGGGGAAUUGCUGGUGUUCUCUCUAGAACUCUGACCUCGCCACUCGAAGUUGUGAAGGUGUUGGCGCAGGUUGGAACUCCCGAAUCUCGCGUUGGAUUUUUCAGAUCUUUUAACAGGAUUUAUCGGAGUGAGGGUUUAAAGGCUUUCUGGAAAGGUAACGGAAUCUCUUGUCUGCGACUAAUUCCCUACAGUGCGAUACAGCUGGCUGCAUUCCACAACUUGCUGGCACUAUUAGAAGAUGCACACAUGCCAGGCAAUUUGAAUGCUAAAAGUUGGAUGGUGGCUGGUUCAGGAAGCGCCCUUAUUGCCGCACUCUUAGUCUACCCAGCAGAUAUGCUGAAGACAAGACUUAUUGUCCAGAAUGUCAAGCCUUCCUUAUUGCACUAUCGUGGAAUAAUGCAUGGUUUCAGGAAAGUCUGGAAAGCAGAGGGAGUUUUGGCAUUAUAUAAAGGAAUAUUACCAACAUUCCUUGGUGUUAUACCAUUUGCUGGAGGUUCAUAUUUGGCAUAUGGAAUUCUUGACAGCUCAAUUGCAAAACCUCCCUGUGAUCUCACCCCAACAUAUAUGUUCAUUAGUGGCUGUCUGGCUGCCGCUGUUGCUAAGACAUUGUCGUUUCCCUUUGACACAAUCAGGAAGAAAAUGCAGGCACAAAGUAAAACUCUUCCAAAUCAGGGUGGAGUUGAUAUCCAGUUCAAAGGAAUGACAAAUGCUUUUGUUCAGACUGUGAAAGUCAAUGGACUCCCUGGUUUGUGGAGAGGUCUUACCGCUAAUCUUUUAAAGAUUGCUCCAAAUGCUGGCAUCAUGUUCCUGUCUUUUGAGUACAGCAAGAGAGUCUUCUUGUUCUACAAUGGUUACACUGAGUCACCAUUUUCACAUGUUCCAAAAUCUAAUGUAGACCAGAGCAUGUCACCAAAUGAAUUACGACAUCAUUAUUCCAAAAAGAAAGGACACAGCAGAUGACCAGACAAAGCACACUUCCCUGGAGUGAAUGAACAUAAUUGAAAAUGGACUUAAUGUUCAUGAGAAAGUCUAACACGUAUAAGAGUAGGCUUCCUGUGGCACACGACUAUUUUGACAUUUGUCAUAAAGCUAUGACUUCAGUGAGGUAAAAGAAUAGUUGGUUAGACUGUGGUGACAAUAUGGCAUUUCUUUGUCUGACACUUGUCAGAUGUUUUUGAGAGUAGCUGAAUUGUCACUACUUAAGAAAAAUAGCCAUCAAUGCAUUUUUAAAUGCAUUGGCGCAAGAACUAGGCAAAAACCAGCAGGUGUACUGCACAAUCUACCGUUGACGUCAAAAAGUCAAUAAUUAAAAAAAUCGAUUAACAAUUAACUUUAAAAAGUCAUAUGAACAUUCAACUUCAUUUUUUCCUUGAAUGUUCCUUAACCACAUAAUCACAACUGUGGGAAACAAAGUAAGAUUCUCUCAACAUUGCUGACCUUCAUUUUUUGAGUAAUUUGUCUAUCAGUACAUUUUAAUUAAUGAUUUUAAAAGUAUAUCACACGUCAAGUUAUUUUGUAGUACACCUGGCUUACUGUAAAUUCAGGUUUAAAAAAGCUUUUACCACAAAGAUGUAUUAAAGUGAAGAGAAACAAUAUUUA